AUGGGGGAAUAUAUAUACCAACCGAUCGAUCACGAUCGCCCUUCUAUUCGGCUCCUCCGACUUCUUCGCGGAAGCUUUUCGGAUAUUAUUCAAGGCGACCUUUUCGAGGGAUGGAUUAAUCAACUCGAAGGUGGUAUACCGUAUAAUGCUUUGUCAUAUACAUGGGGAACUACAGAAAAGUCUGCCCGUAUUAUCGUCAAUGGAUAUAUAAUGCGUAUUACUUCGAACCUGUAUACGGCACUCCAGCAUCUACGCGUUUAUAAUAUGGACAUAAUUCUGUGGAUCGACGAUAUUUGUAUCGAUCAAGCGAAUAUGCAAGAGUGGAGACAUCAAGUUCAACAAAUGAGUUAUAUCUACAGAGAAGCCGAACAAGUUAUUGUUUGGUUAGGCUUGGGUACCGAAGAGACUAACUAUACUAUGGAUUCGAUCAAGCGCCUACAAGAGAACUUUAUCAAAAUUGAAGGCGGUUGGAGACGUUCGGCUCAACUUUGGAUGCACCUACAAAGUAGGCCAGAAGACGCAAAUUUUCACGAAUACGCUAAGUUACAUAAAGGAAUGGAGUUAAUAUUAAAACGGCCAUGGUUUCAAAGAAUCUGGAUCUUGCAAGAAAUUGCUAACGCUCGAACCGCUACUAUCUACUGCGGUAGGAAGUCUGUCUCAGCGCGAACUUUUGCUCAAAUGCCGUCUAUAAUAGGGUUACAACCCGAGCCCCAUUCCCAAGCUGUUCUGGAAAUAAUGCCUGGUCUACGCAAAGAGUCUUGGUGGGGGCAAGAUCGGAAUUUACAAACUCUAUUAAGGAAGUUCCGUGGAAGCAAAGCAACAGAUAAGCGAGAUAUUGUCUAUGCAUUACUAGGCAUAUCAUCCGAUGUAUAUCAGAGCGACACUUUGCUUCCAGAUUACACGAAGUCGUCACAGCAGGUUAUCCGGGAUACUAUUUCAUUUUUA